ACGGACACAACUUCAGAAUCAGGAGGUUCUCAAAGUGUCACUUACCUACUAACCGAUGACAGUGAACAUACAGAUGAUUCCAAUCUGUAUUUCUCGCCCGAUCGCGGAAAUGUGGUGUUUGCUUCGGCCUCGGACACUUGGGGCUUCCGGCCUUCAGACUUUGUGGAAACUUGGUCAAAGCGUUUGGACGUCUCGGUCGAAAGACUUUUUGAAGUGAUUUGGGGCGACUUCUACAUCAGCCGCGGAGGUGGAGGUGAUGGGGGCAAAUGUUUUUUCAAACCUGGUGCGCACAAAAACAGGAAGAAACCGGUGUUCGUACAGUUAGUACUGGAACCACUGUGGCAAACAUAUCAGAAACUAGUUAUUGACGAUUGUCCCAAAGAUGUGUCUGCUAUGGCCAGUAAGCUUGGCGUACAGUUGGAUGCACGUGCUAUCCGGAAUACUGACUCUCGAGGUGUCCUCCGUGCUCUCCUAAUGGCCUGGCUUCCGCUGGGGCACAACCUGCUCCAAACCGUUACCGAGGUUUGCCCCAGCCCACUGAAUGCCGUAUCAGCGGACCGGGCAGUACACAUGCUGUACGGAGAUGUUGCUCUACACGGUUCCGUACAACCUACCGGUUCAGUUUCCAAGACUAGCAAGACGGGAACUUGUCCUGUUCAAGUGUAUCAGACUUCACGACUGACGUUGGAUUCGACGUAUGCCACAUCCGGCGCCAGUCUCGGUAGGUUUCUUUGUUUCGUAUGGCUUCAUAGGACGUUCAAC